AUGUCGGCCACGCUAUCCUCCCCCUCGUCUUCUUCCAUCACAGCGACAGAGCCCGAGCGAGAUGCCGAGUCACAAAAUUCUAGGACGAAACCAGGAUAUUUCGCAUUAUUAUUAGAUCAGGCCGGGGUAACUCCAGAGGUUUUGGCGUGGGAAUACAAGGGAGAAGGAACAGUGGAGGAGCCCUUCAUCGUCGACUUUAUCGAAAAUGACGCCAAGAACCCCAUGAAGUUCCCCGACUGGAAGAAAUGGACCAUCACGAUUUUGCAGGCCGUGGCGGUCCUCGCCGUAGCCUUUGUGUCGACAGCAUACAGUGGGGGUGUCACGGAGAUAAUCCUGGAGUUUCGAGUGAGCACCAUCAUCGCCAUUUUGGGAAUUUCCCUCUUCGUUACCGGGUUCGCGUUGGGACCUCUCCUCUGGGCCCCCUUGUCAGAACUUUACGGAAGACAAGUCCUCUUCUUCAUCACUUACGCGGCACUGACGGCCUUCAACGCCGGAGCCGCCGCCGCACCGAAUAUGCCCGCCCUGAUCGUACUUCGGUUCUUUGCCGGCACAUUCGGUUCCUCCCCACUGACUAACGCCGGCGGCGUCAUCGCCGACAUGUUCUCAGCCCGCCAGCGUGGCAUGGCCACGGCCGUCUUCGCCACCGCGCCCUUCCUCGGUCCCUCCAUCGGCCCCAUCGCCGGUGGAUUCCUGGGCGAGUACGCGGGAUGGCGAUGGGUCGAGGGCCUCAUGGCUGCCUUCACCGGUCUUCUCUGGAUCCUGGUCUCGCUCUACGUUCCCGAGACGUACGCCCCCAUCAUCCUCCGCCGCCGUGCCGAGAAGCUGUCCAAGCUUACGGGCAAGGCGUACGUGUCGAAGCUCGACGCCGGCAAGCCGCGCAAGACGGUGGUCCAAGAGUUCAAGGUCGCCCUGUCCCGUCCGUGGAUCCUGCUCUUCCGUGAGCCUAUCGUCUUCUGUGUCUCCCUGUACAUGGCCAUCGUCUACGGUACCCUGUACCUCAUGUUUGCGGCUUUCCCUAUCGUUUUCCAGCAGCAGAGGGGAUGGUCUCCUGGCAUUGGCGGCUUGGCCUUUCUUGGUAUUGCCGUUGGCAUGAUGUUCUCCGUGGCUUUCUGCGUCUACGAUUCGAAGCGUUACCUGAGGGUAUCCGAUGCUCAUGGCGGCCAUGCCCCGGCUGAGGCCCGCUUGCCCCCGGCUAUCAUUGGUUCGGUCUUGCUUCCCGUCGGCUUGUUUUGGUUUGCCUGGACAAACGGUCCUGAUGUCCACUGGAUCGUGCCUAUCAUUGCGUCGGCCUUCUUCGCCGCCGGUCUCGUCCUCGUUUUCUUGAGCUUGUUGAACUACCUUAUCGAUACUUAUGUCAUUUACGCUGCCAGUGUUCUAGCUGCCAACUCCGUUCUCCGCUCUCUCUUUGGCGCCGCUUUCCCUCUUUUCACCACCAUUAUGUACAAGAACUUGGGCAUCCACUGGGCCUCUUCUGUGCCUGCCUUCUUGUCACUCCUGUGCCUCCCCUUCCCCUUCCUCUUCUACAAGUACGGCCAUGCCAUCCGGAUGAAGUGCAAGUUCGCCGCCGAAGCCGCGAACGUCCUACACAAGAUGCGCACGAGAGCCGACGAUGAGGAAGAUGAUGAGGACGACCGGUCUUAUAAUGCACCUAACGACAACAACGCGGAGAAGUGA